AUGAAUGUUAAUCUGGUCAUAGUAAAGUUUUCGGACUGGUUCGUUCAUAUCACCUUGAUUGAAGAUGCGUCUUAUAAGCUUCUUUCAUCACCACAUGGGAAGCCAACCGGAAUCUACCCAAUCAAAGACAUCAACAAGAACAAUCUCCGUCAGAUCUUCAGUUUUGCUCCGAUUGCUAGCAAGGAUACGGAGACUAACGUGGCAGACCAAAAAGCGUUGCCCGACGCGAGCAUCGAUGCCAAACCUAUCACCUCUGAUAAGGACACCUCAGUCAAAACUUCCAAGGGCAAGGAAACAGGUGAAGAGUCGCCAAAGGUCUCAGGAGAUGUCGAGACUGCAAAGGCCAUCAAAGACGCUGGCAAGGUGAAGACCACAAAAACAAGCGAAGCACCUGGCAAGGAGGAAACCACAGAAGCAGGUCAAGUAGCGCCAACUAAUGAAAGUGUUGUCGAGACUACCGAAGGAACGGGUGUAUCGUCGACUGCUGCAGCUGUCGGGACAUCACCAUUGGAUGCCAUCGAUGAACACUCACUCAGUGCAGGGACCACUGAAACUUCUCCGGAAGCCGGCAACGCCACAGAGAAGGCCGAAGCUACUGCUGGAGGCGAGGAGACAUCCAACCAACCAAAUCUCAGAUACGAAAGCAAAGCGAAAAGCAAGCAUGAAGAGGUUGAGGGAUCUGGAGAAUUGCAUGAGGGCAGUGGCAACGCGGACGACACCACAUCGACGAUCGUCGACUCGACGACUCUGCUCACUGGUAACGGUUCAGAGCCAGAUGAGAAUAUCACCAGCACUGCAACCAUUACGAAUAAACGCAUCGCAAAAGACUCUUCCAAAUCGCUUCCCACCAUCACAAUACCGCAGAAUCCUGAGGAGCCUUAUGUAUUUGUGCCAGUGGAUUCCUUUAAAGGGCAGCAGUUACCAGGAGUUAGCUAUUUGCUAAUCCCCAAGAAGUAUGAGAACAAGGUAUCCGAAUAUCUAACCUCAAAAACGCGCUAA